AGGGGCAGGCUAAGCAAACAGUGAGUUCCUGGGACAGGAGGCUGCAGCCCAGCUCCAGCAGCAGUUGGAGCAGUCAGACAAGCCACGCGCCAUGAGGCUGCUGGUCCCAGCUCUGAUGCUGGGUUUGCUCUGCGGGGCUUCUGCAGUUGAAGAGUCUUGUGUGGGCCACUGCGAGGAUGGUUUCAAUGCCCAGAGGAAGUGCCAGUGUGAUGCCCUCUGCGUGUACUACGGGAGCUGCUGCAGUGACUACGCCAGCACCUGCAAGCUGAAAGUGACCCGCGGGGACAUGUUUGCGUUCCCCGAGGACGACUACAUGGACUACAGCACCAGCGCUACCCUGGGUGAAACUGCAGAGGUCCUCGACACAGGGACUGACCCCCCAACCACAUCUCCAGACCCAGUCACUGCUGCCGCUGCGGAUUCGGUCACGGUGCCAGGCAGUGGUGCCCCCCUGCUGGUGCCCACUGGGCUGGAAGAGCUGGAGCAGGUGCAGCAGCAGGAGGAGGAGGAGGAGGAGCUGUGCAGCGGGAAGCCCUUUGAUGCGUUCACGGACCUGAAGAACGGUUCUCUCUACGCGUUCCGAGGGAAAUACGUCUACGAACUGGACGAGAAAAGCGUGAGGCCCGGCUACCCCAAGCUCAUCCGCGAUGUCUGGGGCAUCGAGGGGCCCAUCGAUGCCGCCUUCACACGCAUUAACUGUCAGGGCAAGACCUACAUUUUCCAGGGCAGUCAGUAUUGGCGCUUCGAUGACGGUGCCCUGGACCCCGACUACCCCCGCAAUAUCUCCGACGGCUUCCAGGACAUCCCUGAUGACAUCGACGCAGCCUUCGCCCUCCCUGCGCACAGCUACCAUGGCCAGGAGAGGGUCUAUUUCUUUAAAGACAAGCAUUACUGGGCAUAUGACUUUGCCAAACAGCCCAGCCGGCAGGACUGCGAGGUGUCCUCCCCAUCACUGGUGUUCGACCACUACACACUCAUGCAGGGCGACAGCUGGGAGGACUUCUUCCAACUGCUCUUUGGGGGCUCCAUGCGCAGUGGGGCCAGUGGACCACGGUACAUCAGCAGAGACUGGAGGGGGGUGCCAAGCCACCUGGAUGCUGCCAUGGCCGGCAGGAUCUACGUCUCCUCGAGGGCUAGCAGCUGGGCUCGAAGGAGGAAAUCCCGCCGACACCGCAAGAGGUACAGGAGCCGGCGGCCGGCAGCUCACACCGUCUGGGACUGGCUGCAGGAUGAGUCCGACUCCUUGGACAUGGACCUUGACUGGCUGCCAGGGGGCUCCCGGUGCCAGCCCAUCCAGAGCGUCUACUUCUUCGUGGCAGACAAGUACUAUCGCCUCAACCUGCGCAGUAAGCGUGUGGACUUUGUGCGCCCUCGCUACCCACGCCCCAUCGCUCAGUACUGGCUGGGCUGCCCCUGAGCGGGAGAGGAGCGCCCCCGCGGGGAUGGGCCGCCACCGUCCCGCCAUAUCCACAGCAGCUGGGUCUUUCGCGAAAGCCAAAUAAACAGGGAGCUCUGUGUCA